GAUCAGGAAAAGAAAAGGACAAGAAUAUGGUUGACAUUCUUCCGGGGUGUGAAGGGUUUAGUUUGACAUUGUCUUAAGCAUCAAUCCAAGUCAAACCCACGCAUUAAUUUCAAUCUAUUUUCCGGACAGCUCCAUCAAUCAGAUCAUGUCAUUCUUACAACUCCUUAAUAAUAUUCCCUUUUUGGUUAUCUUUCCUAAACUUACGUGCUAGUUCUAACAAAUCAUUAUUGCCGAUGCAUUAGCUGAAAAUCAUCAGCAAUAAUGCUAACAAACAUUCUUUUGUGUUCUCUUUUCUUCAAUUUCUUCGUAUUAAUCGAAUGGGCGACGGCGGAUUGUAAUCAAACCAGCACAAGCAGACCUUCAACGACCAUCACCAAAGGCACCAACAUAGCUCUGUCUGGCUGUGAAAGCAAGUGUGGGAAUUUAAUUGUUCCAUAUCCAUUUGGCAUUGGCAUAGGUUCCGGAUGUUCUAUACACCCUUCAUUUGAUAUCAAAUGCGAUACUUCUUUCAAUCCUCCAAAACCCUUUAGUGGUACAUUCAAUAUUGAAGUUACUGAUAUAACAGAUUCCCAAAUGAGGAUCAAGAACUGGGUGGUUACAAUAUGUUACAACCAGGUAGGCAACUUGACUAGGGAAACCACGGUCGGCGUCAAGUUUCCUCAAUAUUUUAGCUUAUCUGAUGCAAAUAAGCUCAUAACCAUCGGAUGUGAUGAUCUUGCCAUAAUAUCAGGAUUGGGUGGGAUUAAUUUCACCAGUGGCUGUGUUUCCCGUUGUUCUGCAAAAGCGGAAAUUGUUGAUGGUUACUGUGUUGGUACUGGCUGUUGCCAAACCUCAAUACCAAAGGGUCUAACACAUUUUUCUGCUUUUGUUAGCAGCUUAGCUAACCACAUUGAUGUGUGGUCCUUUAACCCUUGUGGAUAUGCCUUUCUUGCAGAGCAGAAUACAUACACAUUCCGUUCCUCUGACCUCAGUGAUGGGAGCUUUAUAAACAGAACCAUCGAGAAUGUACCGAUACUCCUGGAUUGGGUUAUUGGGAAUAUUACUUGCAGUGAAGCUCAAAAAUCCAACGAUUUCACAUGUCACAGUAACAGUAAUUGCAUUGAUUCUAACACCAAGCUUGGUGGAUUUCGAUGCAGCUGUUCUGAUGGAUAUGAAGGCAAUCCAUAUCUUGAGCCAGGCUGCACAGGUUAGUUCUUUUUGAAUUUACACAAUCAAGUUAUCAUUUUGUUGGCUUUUCAUGUUGGUCGAUCCGGCUGUAAUGAUCUUUGUUUCCAACUUUCAGACAUAAAUGAAUGCGAGAAUAGACCAUGUGUUCCAGAAGGCAAAUGCAUUAAUACUCUUGGUGGUUAUAAAUGUCAAUGUCCUGGUGGAUUCCUUGGUGAUGGCACAAAAGAUGGCAAUGGCUGCUUUAAGCCGAAUACACCCAUCUCCGCGAUGAAGCUCCUUUUGGGUAUUUUAAACGAUAAAAUUCAAUGUCUAGUUGUGAUUCAAAUACUAAACCAAACCAAAAGGUGGUAAUAUGUCAAAGCACAAUUGUGUACUCUAGAAUAUAAAAUUUGAAACAAAAUCUUAGAAAUGGACUAUGGAAAUCAGCACCAUAACGAUAAUUUCUUAAAUUUUAGGCAUCC